UCCACCGAUAGCAGCUCGCUCGACUCUGACCAUGGCGCAGUCUGCUCCCCUGUUCGAGCCCGAGAAGCUCCGCAUCCUCCUCAUCGGCAACGGCGGCCGCGAGCACGCCCUCGCAUGGAAGCUCGCACAGAGCCCACGCGUCGACGAGGUCUUUGUCGCUCCAGGCAACGGCGGCACCGUGUUUGGCGCCAAGACCAUCUCGGUCAACAUUGCCGUCGACGACUUUAACGGCCUCGUCGACUUCGCCAAGCAGGGCAACGUCAACCUCGUCAUUGUCGGGCCUGAGCAGCCUCUCGUCAAUGGCGUCGAGGGCAUCUUCCGCAAGGUCGGCAUCCCCGUCUUUGGUCCCGACGUCCGCGCCGCCGCCAUGGAGGGCUCCAAGGCCUUCUCGAAGGACUUUAUGGCCCGUCACGCCAUCCCGACCGCCGAGUACCGCAACUUCACGGACCACGCCGCCGCCGUCGAGUACGUCAAGGCCGUCGAGCACGACGUCGUCCUCAAGGCGUCUGGGCUCGCCGCCGGCAAGGGCGUCAUCAUCCCGUCGACCAAGGACGAGGCGCUCGCCGGCCUGAACGACAUCAUGGUCAGCCGCGAGUUUGGCGCCGCCGGCGACGAGGUCGUCGUCGAGGAGUUCCUCACGGGCCAGGAGCUGUCGAUCCUCACCUUCUCGGACGGCUACACGACCUUGUCGCUCCCUCCCGCCCAGGACCACAAGCGCAUCGGCGAGGGCGACACGGGCCCCAACACGGGCGGCAUGGGCACCUACUCGCCCGCACCGGCCGCGACUCGGGCCGUCGUCGACGAGAUCCAGCGCACGAUCGUCCAGCCGACGAUCGACGGCAUGCGCAAGGACGGCAUCCCGUUCAUCGGCAUGCUCUUCACGGGCAUCAUGCUCACGCCCAAGGGCCCCAAGGUCCUCGAGUACAACGUCCGGUUCGGCGACCCCGAGACGCAGUCGCUCGUCGCGCUCCUCUCGGCCGACACGGACCUCGCCGAGCUCAUGCUCGCGUGCGUCGAGCGCCGCCUCGACUGCGUCAAGUUCGAGAUGAAGAAGGAGGCGGCCGUCACGGUCGUGCUCGCCGCCAAGGGCUACCCAGGAUCGUACCCCAAGGGCGACGAGAUCACGUUCGACCCGCUCCCCGAGAACGUCCACGUCUUCCACGCCGGCACCAAGGCGACGCCCGAGGGCAAGAUCCUGACCAACGGCGGGCGCGUCCUCGCUGUCACGGCGACGGCCCCGACGCUCAAGGAGGCCCAGGCGCUCGCGUACAAGGGCGUCGACUGCGUCCACUUUAAGGGCAAGACGUUCCGCCGCGACAUUGCCUACAAGGCGUUCCUCGAGGAGGAGGCGCAGCAGCCCGAGGGCAUGACGUACGCGUCGGCCGGUGUCGACAUUGACGCCGGCAACGCGCUCGUCGAGCGCAUCAAGCCCAUGGUCAAGGCGACCAAGCGCCUCGGGACCGACUCGGUCAUUGGCGGGUUUGGCGGCCUGUUUGACCUCAAGGCGGCCGGGUUCAAGGACCCGAUCCUCGUCGGCGGCACCGACGGCGUCGGGACCAAGCUCAAGAUUGCCCAGACGUACGGCAAGCACGACACGAUCGGGAUCGACCUCGUCGCCAUGUCGGUCAACGACCUCGUCGUCCAGGGCGCCGAGCCCUUGUUCUUCCUCGACUAUUUCGCGUGCGGCAAGCUCGACGUGCCGACGGCGGCCGACGUCGUCAAGGGCGUCGCCGAGGGCUGCAUCCAGUCGGGCUGCGCACUCGUCGGCGGCGAAACGGCCGAGAUGCCGUCCCUGUACGAGGGCGAGGACUACGACGUGGCGGGCUUUGCCGUCGGCGCCGUCGAGCGAGAGCUGGUUCUCCCGCAGCCGACGAUCGCGCCGGGCGACGUCCUGCUCGGCAUCGCGUCGUCGGGCGUGCACUCGAACGGGUUCUCGCUCGUGCGCAAGAUCGUGUCGGCGCACGGGUACACGUACUCGUCCGAGGUGCCGUACGCGCCGGCCAAGACGCUCGGCGACGAGCUCCUCACGCCGACGACCAUCUACGUCAAGCAGCUCCUGCCCGCGAUCCGCCAGGGGCUCAUCAAGGGACUGUCGCACAUCACCGGCGGCGGCUUUACCGAGAACAUCCCGCGCGUGCUCCCGCCGGGCGUCGGGUGCACGGUCGACGCCGCCAGCUUCGAGUUCCUGCCCGUGUUCCGCUGGCUCAUGAAGCUCGGCCGGGUCGACCCCAACGAGAUGGCGCGCACGUUCAACUGCGGCAUCGGCAUGUGCGUCGUCGUCGCGGCCGACCGAGCCGACGAGGUCGCGAACCUGUUGCGCGCACACGGCGACGCGCACGUGUUCCGCAUCGGCGAGACGGUCGCCGGCGAGGGGUGCGAGAUGCGCAACCUCGAGUCGUGGGUCGAGCAGGCGCGGGCAUAGAAAGCUCGGGGGCGUUGGUGGUCCGGGUCGUCGGUCGGUCGUAGUUCCUCUCUUUCUCUCUCUCCUCUUUUUCGUUCGUCUCGUCGCUCUCGUGGAAUCUAGAUGUAUCUCUCCACAGCG